GAAAGUCGCAUUCGUGCGCACCUGAGGCAGCCAUGGCCUCAAACAAGCAAGGGAAGAUGCAAAAUCUCAUCAACUAUAGGAUGCGGGUUACGUUGACUGAUGGGCGACAGAUGACCGGCCAGAUGCUUGCAUUCGACAAGCACAUGAACCUCGUACUCGCGGAUACCGAAGAAUUUCGCCGAGUAAAAAAGAAGUCAGGCAAGGGAGGACAAGCUGCGGCGGGGAGCAGCAGCACUCCCCAGCUAGUAGAAGCGGAAGAAAAACGGACACUGGGGCUUACAAUCGUCCGCGGGACACACGUCGUCUCAUGUUCGGUCGACGGCCCGCCUCCUGCAGAGCCAGCUGCCCGAUUAGGAACAACUGCGGCCGGCAUUGCGGGCGUCUCUGCUACUCUUGCUGCCGGGCCGGGAAUCAGCAAACCUGCCGGAAGAGGGCUGCCUGUUGGACUUGGCGGGCCAGCUGCUGGUGUCGGAGGACCACCACCACCAGCUGGGUUUGGCUCAUUCCCCCCUCCAGCUGGAUUUCCUGGUGGGCCCCCUCCCGGCUUUGGAGGUAGAGGAGGACCCCCUGGAGGACCACCUGGGUUCGGUCCACCACCAGGCUUUGGGGCUCCCGGGGCUCCUGGCGGACCUCCUGGCGGAUUCCAACCACCACCCGGCUUCCAGCCUCCAGGCCAGGGGAGAGGCUUCCCACCCGGCAUGGGCGGACGAUAA